CUGUUCGCCCGGUUCGCCGACUAUUAUCCAAGUUUUUAGGCAGUAAAGACGUCGGACAUAACCAAGAAUUCCUUUACCACGCGGAAAAAUGGCCGACACGAAAACUGAAACUGCCUCCCCGGCUAAAAAGCUGCCGGCAGUGCCGGCGACAGUGUUGAUGAGAAAAAAACGCCGUGAAGCGGUUAAAGCGGCACGUUUGCAAAUAUCAUUAAAGCAACGUGCAGACCGUUAUAAGAAGAGGAAGGAGAUUUUUAAGAGGGCUGAAAAGUAUGUGAAGGAAUACAAGAACAAGGAAAGGGAUGAGAUUAGGCUGAUGAGACAAGCCAAAAAUCGUGGAAAUUAUUAUAUCCCAGGUGAAGCGCGUCUUGCCUUCGUUAUUCGUAUUCGGGGUGUGAAUCAAAUCGCUCCGAAGGCACGGAAAGUGCUGCAAUUGUUCCGUUUGAAGCAGAUAAAUAACGGCGUCUUCAUCAAGUUGCACAAAGCAACGAUUAAUAUGCUGCGUAUCGUCGAGCCGUACAUCACGUGGGGAUAUCCUAACCUGAAGUCGGUUCGCGAGUUGAUCUACAAACGUGGAUACGCCAAGAUAAAUAACCAGCGCAUUCCGAUUACCAGCAACUCCAUCAUUGAAAAGAAGCUUGGUCGAUCCAACAUCAUUUGUACCGAAGACUUGAUCCAUGAGAUAUUCACCGUUGGCCCGAAAUUCAGAUACGCCAGCAACUUCUUGUGGCCGUUCAAGCUGAACACGCCAACCGGUGGAUGGCGUAAGAAGACCAAUCAUUACGUUGAAGGUGGUGAUUUUGGAAACCGAGAAGACAAAAUUAAUGAGCUCCUCAGACGUAUGGUAUAAAUUUCUAAAUAAAACUAAAAAUUUUAAGUAUGAAUAAAAA